CGGGGACCGACAACAAGGAUGGGAAAUCACUGAAGAAAAAAUCAGGCUGUAAAAAUCUCGUCAACAAAUCUCAUUAUGCUUUUUGUACCCCUGAAACCAAGACUACAUUAAUUUCAUCGCGUGCCCUGCACGCAUCCAUUCCUUCAUUCUUUCCUCAAUACUCUCUUUUUUUGUGUCCGAAAGCACCCACCAGCAACCAUGUCGUCCCCAAUCAGCGGGUUCCUCCGCUUCGUGGCUGUCCUCCUGGCCGUCGUCUCGCCGCUCGUUUACCUUGCCGAGCAGCGCCUCGAAUCCUUCUACGUCUUUGACCACAAGCACCUGCACGAGCUGUCCACCCAGGCCAUCGCCCAGCACGGCAACAACACGCGCGCCAUUGUAGGCCACAUUGUCGACGAGCUGCGCGCCCGCCCCGAGACGACCAAGUACAUCAGCGUUCAGGAGGAAUGGGUUUUUAACAAUGCCGGCGGUGCCAUGGGUGGCAUGUACAUCAUCCAUGCCAGCGUCACCGAGUACCUCAUCAUCUUCGGCACCGCCAUCGGAACUGAGGGCCACACCGGCCGCCACACCGCCGACGACUACUUCAACAUCCUGACCGGCGAGCAGUGGGCUUACGUUCCCGGAGAGUACGAGCCCGAGGUCUACCCUGCCGGCAGCGUCCACCACCUCCGCCGCGGCACCGUCAAGCAGUACAAGAUGCCUGAGGGCUGCUUCGCUCUCGAGUACGCCCGCGGCUGGAUCCCGCCCAUGCUAUUCUUUGGCUUUGCCGACGGCCUCAGCAGCACCCUCGACUUCCCCACCCUGUGGCAAACCACUGUGGUCACUGGUCGUGAGAUGCUGGGCAACUUGAUGCUUGGCAAGUUUUAGUCGAACUAACGGCAAGUGAAAGAAAUAGAGCGGGACUGGCGGAGCUGUGGACGUCUUGUAUAGCCUUGGAUUGUGGGUUUGGAUGACAAGCUACAUAAUAAUAAUGCUGCAGAGCUAUAACC